GUUGUGGUUGAUGUUCCUCUUCAAUGUCUGUGAAGACCAGAUCUUUACCACCAUAGAAAGGUCUUGGAAGUGUGUUUGGCUGGUCUAGAUAUGUUUUGGGGAUCUUGAGAAGCAUCCCUCAAGCAUUUUGUUGAUGUAUUUUGGGAUUAUUUGAUACUGGGGUUGUUUUCAAUGAGUACUUAGUUGUUAUAUAAAACAGCUACAAGUAGAGAUUGUUCCCAGGGAGGAUUGAACUCUUCCAUUGCUGCCCCUUUCCAUGAUUCUGUUUGUGGUGUUCAGAGAAAAAAAACUCGAGGUGUAUUGGAGUGUGUGUUUAGUUUGGAUACUUCAUUCGCUCAACGUUGCUUUUGAUGGACAAUGCAGUUCUGUUGGUGUACCCAACUCCUAACCAUCAGAUUGCACUGGAAUUGUCUGUGGCAAAGUAUGAAGUUGUUGAGAGUCUCUCCUUCUAAGUCUAAGAAUGGGGAUCUCAGUUGCCAUUAAGGGUGACAGCUUCUUUUUGUUUUUAUAUUGUCCGAAAACUGGAUGAAGUGGGAAACGGAUGGACAGAUUGGAGAAAUUGUCUCUAAUAAUGUGACCGAUUCUCCAAUCUGUUCAGGUGAUCAAAGAAUUGAACCAAAAAGCAAAACUCUUACUUAAGUAUUUGACCAACCAUCACUUAGUCAUGAGAAUUGAUUUGCAAUCGAUAAAAGAAAUCCUGGAUAGCAGCAGCUAAAACAAGCUUCCUCUAGAGAAUAGACUGACUUGGCCAACAGAGGGAGAAACUCAGUCAUCUAAGGGAAGCUCAGUGUACACUGUUUCCCUGCAUCAUGGUGAGGCAACAUGGUUUGGGCAUGUGAUAGAGACAACCUAGUAGAUGUCUCCUGUCAAAAAUUUGCAACAUAUCCCACUUGGAGAACACCAUGGGGCAAACCCUGAACCCGCUGGAGGGACUAUAAAUAACUCUUCCAGCCUUUGAACACCUUGGGAUCCCUGGAAUGAGCUGGAGCGUAAUGCUGGGAGGAGGAAUGUCUGGGGUUUCCCUUCCAGACCUUACAGCCCAAUCUCAGUGAAAAACUCAGUCUCCUUCUUACCAGGCAAUGGCUGUCGAUGUAAAUGGAGCAAUGCAAUAAGUGAAGUGUGAACAUUAAAGUGAAUGUGGAGGAGGAGUUCUUGUGAGGGGGGGAGGCAGGCGGAGAAAGAGAGUAAGACAGCAGCAACCCUGGCAGACAGCGACAGAUGCUGGUAGGGAAGGGACGUCUGUACAAAAGGAAUCAGCAUGAUAACAGCAUUGGUCCCCUGGGAGUGUUGUACCUAAUCGGGGAAGAUUGGGAGGCUUUGGAUACUGUACAGCAUCAUCAGUCCGAUUCACCAAAAUGUCUGACUUUGAGGAUUUCAGCUGGACAGGAGGACAGGCCAACGUUUCUGAAAGCUACCAGCUGAACCCCACCAGUGUGAUUGUGUCUGUGGUUUUUUCCCUCAUCUUUCUGCUGGGCACCAUUGGCAACAGCCUAGUGCUCGCUGUGCUGCUGCGGAGCGGCCAGCUCGGAUACAACACGACCAACCUGUUCAUACUCAACCUCAGCGUGGCUGACUUCUUCUUCAUAAUCUUUUGCGUUCCCUUCCAAGCCACCAUCUAUUCUCUGGAGGGAUGGGUGUUUGGCUCCUUCAUGUGCAAAGUGGUACACUUCUUCAUCAACCUUACCAUGUACGCCAGCAGCUUCACACUGGCUGCUGUAUCAGUUGACAGAUAUCUGGCCAUCCGCUACCCUCUGCGCUCCAGAGAGCUGAGAACCCCUUGUAAUGCAGUGGUUGCCAUGGUGGUUAUAUGGGGCCUCUCCUUGGUCUUUGCAGGUCCAUAUCUUAGUUACUAUGACCUGAUUGAUUUUGCUAACAGCACUGUGUGUAUCCCUGGCUGGGAGGAGCAGAACCGUAAGGUCCUAGACACCUGCACCUUCCUGUUUGGCUACGUCAUUCCAGUGCUGGUUGUGAGCCUCUCAUACACCCGAACCAUCAAGUACCUAUGGACGGCUGUUGACCCGCUGGAUGGUAUGUCCGAAUCUAAGAGAGCUAAGCGUAAAGUCACCAAGAUGAUCAUCAUUGUAACUGUGCUCUUCUGCAUAUGCUGGCUGCCAUACCAUGUAGUGAUACUGUGCUAUCUGUACGGAGACUUCCCUUUCAAUCAGACCACUUACGCCUUCAGGCUACUCUCUCACUGUAUGGCCUAUGCCAACUCUUGCGUCAACCCCAUUGUGUACGCUCUGGUCUCCAAACACUUCCGCAAAGGUUUCAAGAAAGUCUUCAGCUGCAUCCUCAUUAAGAAUGGCAGAAAUAAAGUUCAUGUGGUUCACGUGGACAACACAGGGCCUGGGUUCGAGGCGGGCUCAACGGAGGUAUCACACAUGAAUGAGGAGAACGUUCGACAGAAUGAAUGCGAAAUGAUGAACAGACCAAGGCGAGUGGAGCCGAGAGAGCCCACGGUGACGCUGAAUUCUCCCUUUCAGCACCCGACUUGAUGAACAAUCAGAUCGGUUUCAGAGCAGAUUGCCUUAUAUGUACAACUGUGCAACUAUAUAAAAAAAAGUUUAAUUUUUUUUCCUCGAUUCCAAAUUUAAAUUUGGGGGGUUAAUUGGGAGGCACAUUAACUGGGAGCGAGUUAACCACUAAACCCAAAAAUGUUCUUCAUUAAUCCCGUCUUUCUAAUUCAUGAUGUUAAUAUUGGCAUGCAGACGUGAUUUUAGAAAAGUUUUUUCCUGUCUCAUUAAUAAUGUCAGCUCAACUUAACUCUGCAAUAACACCUACCAGCAGACAUAUUUCAAUUCAAGUACUUACAGUUUUGUCAUUCAUAUCUUCCACUAGUUUCAGUGGAGCUGCAAAGAAAAAAUUUGUUUCAUAUGCCAAGGUAAUCUUUUUUCAAAUGAUUGGUUGCAAUUAUUGAAAUCGAGGCUGCAAGGUUGUUGUGCUCCUUGCGGUGUUCUCCUUUGUUGUUCCUCCUCGCUGAUGUGAAUGUCAUCACUUGUGACUCAUUGAUAAGUCAUCUUCGCCCCACUUUUUAACCAAUACCAUUUCCAAGUUUAGGUUUUCAGUUGCUGGAUUUUUCUCACUGUGAUCAAAUUUUCAAGUGUAAUCACUGGAGUCUAAUCUGACCUUCCUGUCAGGUUUAAAUCUACCCGUUGGAUAUCAAGGUGUAGUUUUUUUGUGGAAGAGGUUGUUUGUUUUGUAUUUUGCAUGCAAAUGCUGUUCUCUCGUGUCGAGAUAAUUGUUCAUUUUAUCAAAAUGUGUAUUUAAGCUAACUCUGCAGACAAUUGUGCAAAACAGUUAAGUAUUUACGGUGCAGUUUUACACCUGCAUGUAGAAGUUUCUAAAUAUGCCUGAGAGCACACCUUUUGUGUGGCAAAUGUAAGAAUUGGGUUUGACACUAGACAUUUUGAGCUAAGAUAUAUAUAAAAAAAAAAUUAAUAAGUGCAAAGUUCAGGAUUGAUGACUUACAUAAAUCUUUUAGAACUCUACAGUAUUUGCACACAUUUUCUUGUUUUUCUUGUAUUUUGUAUCCAUGGCAUGUUUCUCUCUCUUUAGUGUAAAAUAUUAUGCAGUUAAAAGAAUGUGUUUGUCAAUGAGUGCACUCAUGUACCCAAGUGUAUUUUAAAGUGUAUUUAAUAUUGUAAUGCUGUGAAAUGAUAACCACACAUUUGCAGAUUUUUUUUCCCACAAAGUACAGAUCAUUUUGCGUUCACCUUUGUUUUUCUGUAAGGUUGUGUUCUACCUCAGAGCUGUAAAAAAGCAUUUUGUUUCUGUUAUGUUUCUGGACAUUUUAAUGGCGAGAAAGAAUGUACUGUUGACUGAAUAGCUUAAAUGACCAAAUAAACCAGUUUCUG